AUGAGUUCCCAGAGUAAAGUACCAGUGAAUACAAAACCCCUGAAAACAUUAAUGGAUAGACCUUUAGAGAAUCAACCAGCUACACAGACACAAAAACACCUUAAGAACAUAAACUUGCAAAAGAUAGAUAUUAAAUUAUAUAGUGUCAAAGGUAACCGAAAUGGAAAUACGGAAGUGACGUUGGAAGAAAAUGACCUAGAAAAAUUACAAACAGAAAUUAGAAACAAACUGCACUCAAAAUAUAGAAGUUUCGAACAAAAGCCACUCAAUCCGAACAUAAAAAUUGUAGAAGAUAAAGUAAUUGAAGACAUUGUAACACAAAAUCAUUUCAUUGCCCCUUUUGAUUUAAGACUUACCGGUGUUAUCCAAGACCAAGUAAAAAAUAACUGCACAAUUUUUGCUGAAGUUAAAGGAAAAAUAUUCAAGACCAUUUUAGAAGAUAAGAAAGGGAGACUGUUACUAGGAUGGCAUAGCCUUAUUGUUUUCGGGAACAAUCAAAUUACACAGUGCAAGAAUUCAAGUUCAUGGAGAAACAACACAUGUCCAAGAUUAGCUUUUGAAUAUCAAUUCACAAGAUAUGUUGAAAUAUGA